AUGGUCACUUUUGGAUUACUCCUAACAGUUGGAUUAUUCUUUUGGAUCUAUUUCCUAUGGAGUCGACGCAGGCUCUACAAGCUGCUGCUGAAGCUGCCAGGACCCUUGGGACUUCCCAUUCUUGGCAUUGCCCUAGAAUACAUCGUCUUCAAUAAACUUAGGAUGAGACUUCGAUCCAAGUACUUGGACAAGUACGGCUCAACAGUUUUGAUGUGGAUGGGACCAAUGCCGAUGAUCAUAACUCGGGAUCCAAAUGUUAUCAAGGAGGUCGUUCUGUCUUCGGAGUGCAUCAACAGGAGUUCCCAGGUGACUGGUCCGGUGGCUGGCAGCUUUGGCCAUGGAUUGUUCUCACUGGAAGCCCAAAGGUGGAUGGAACGUCGCAAGCAGCUGAAUCCCGCAUUCAAGCACACCACCUUGACCAGCUUCCUUCCCAUUUUCAACGCCGAGGUGAACACGUUGAUGGGCAUUCUGGACUCGUACAUAGGCCAAGGCGAAAAGCGGAUCCGCCAUGAUAUAAUCAAAUGGUCGUUCAGAGUGGCCACUCAAACCACUGUGGGAACUGAUGUGCAGCAAGACAAAGCCUUCCAGGACGACACCAUUUUGAAAAGCUACGAGUGGCUAAUGAACAUUAUCACAGUGGAUGUUAUUGCCACCGUUACUCGUAACAAACUAGUAUCCCGGCUGGUGGGACUUGAAGCAAGGAGGGCGGAGAGCCUGGCCAAUAUUAAUGGCUUUAUAAGCCAAAUCAUUGAGAAGAAGCUCAGCUCAAAGCCAGAAAGUGGCGAUCAGCCGGAACUGAACUCUGUGAUCAACCGGUCCAUCGAGCUCCAUCGGAAGGGAGAAAUGCCCCUCGACGAGGUGCGAGGCGAGUGCUGCCUCAUGGUUGCCGCUGCCUUCGAGACAAGUGGUCUCACGGUCUGCCAUGCGCUCGCACUGCUGGCCAUGUUCCCCGAGUACCAGCAGACGGUAUACGAAGAGCUCAAGGAUAUCUUUCCCAACGCCGGGAAGUUCGACAUUACCUACGAGGAUAUACAAAAAAUGGUCUACUUGGAGCGCGUUGUGUAUGAGACCCUGCGACUUAUCCCGUCCAUUCCCCUGGCUCCGAGGGAGACCAUUCAGGACUUCCGGCUGUCGAGUGGCGUGGUCAUACCCAAAGGAGUCUCAAUUGGAAUCGAUAUAUUCAGCACGCAUCGCAACAAGGAAUACUGGGGUCCGGAUGCAGAGAACUUCAAUCCAGACAACUUUCUGCCGGACAAUGUUCGCGAUAGGCAUCCUUACGCCUAUAUUCCCUUUACGAAGGGAAAACGAAAUUGCAUAGGUUGGCAAUAUGCACUUAUGUCCUCCAAGCUCGCCCUGGCCAAGAUUCUCAGGAACUACAGAGUAAGCUCUACCUUUCGAUAUGAGGAUCUCGACUUUGUGGACAACAUAGGCAUGGUGCUGGCUCAGGAACCAGGAGUAUCUUUUCACAGACGAACUUAG